AUGUCGGAUUACCCAUAUUAUGGCGCGACUUAUGGUAGUCGUGACCAAACGAACAACCCACCAUACCCAACCUAUCCAACACAGGCCCCAUACUAUCAGCAAGAUGAUGGUCACUCAGGUCAGCAUGCGAUGACCCAGGGCUAUGAUAAUACAAUGGCAUAUGGUUACAAUCAACAACUGCCAAACUACAGCGCGCCCGCUAUGCAGAAUAACAUCCCCCAAGUCCCAGUCUUCCAGGGCUGGAAUCAAGAAAAUUCAUCCAUGCCCCAGUAUAGUGCAAUGCCACAGGGCAUGCAAUCUUAUGCAGGGUACAAUCAUCAAAAUUAUGCUCAAAAUUCACAGUACUAUGCUCCAGUGGCAGUCCCACAGCCAACUUAUCAUUCUCAAACACCCGUGUAUGGUAAUACUGGAGAUCGCGAAAUGAGUGAAGGAGAAUAUGAUGAUACUUCUGCCCAUAUGCAUACAGCACCUCCAAGUACUUCAGUUGGAGCACCAGGUACGAGCCACUAUCGUGGAAAUGAUGGAAAUGGCUAUCUUGAUACUGCCCAUCGCGCUGUCUAUCCAGCGAGCCAAGAUCCUACUCCUCAACAGCCGCCUAAUCUUCGUAAUGGUAAGUUAUUUCAGCCUCUCUUGAUUUCAUCUAUUGACAUCUCGGUUCAAGCAGCCGACUACUACACCCGAAGUCAACCCUCAGACUCCUACUCUCCUUUCGUCCCCCAAAGUGAGCCAGUGUUUGACCAAGCCAAGAAUACUCAGAACAAAGGUACAGGCGCAGGCAAGGAAGCAUCAAAACACAAUAAAAAAGGAAGUGCACAGAAAAAGGAAAAGACUCGUACUCCAGUAGAAGAGUCUACCGAUACUGCAUCGAAAUUUGGACAGGAAAGUCUCCCGUCUUCUUCCAAGGCCUCGGCAUCACGCACUGCUCAAGCAGAUGCCCGUGACGAUACUGUCACUUUCAAAAGUGUGGGUGAGGCUCGUAAGAAAGCUGAGGGUGCAAUAUUGAAUCUUUGGACGUAUGAUGUCCGCUUUCCGGCCUAUAUUGAAGAAGGCGUUGAUGAGAAACUUGUUGGGGAAUUGUUUGAUGAGCUCAGGCUAUCAAAAACUGCAUCAAAGACCGUCAGCGCAACUUCUGCUCAAAGUCCUUCCACAAGUAUUUCUUCUGCACCUACUUCAACCCUUCCUGUCACUAGUGGUCAGUCGAAUGGCCAGGCGCCUGCUCAGAACUCUGCAGCAGACAAGCAUAAGCAAGCUGUGAUUAAUACAGCAGUACCUGCGCUUUCCACAACUACCCAGCAAACGAAGAGUGCAGCUGCUGUCGAGAAAGAAAAAACAAUGCAGGCUAAGAUGGACGCACUCCGAAAAUCGAGAGCCGAGCGGGCGCAGAAGAACGCAGCAAAAUCUAGUACCUCUACCAUCCUCUCAAUUCCCCUCCUUCCAAUCAAGCCAGCCGCUAUUCUUGGAUUCCCUAGUUCAGGUUCAAUUCCCACUUCGUCUACGGAAAAGAUUGCCGAAAAAGACAAGGUUGGUAGUACGGUCGUAAGUAGCGCGAUUCAAGCUCCAGCAUUGACUGUCGCGACACAAUUGUCCAAGUCUGACGCAUCACCUUCAACAAUUCAACAAUCCUCCCAGAAGAUUCCGGGUCUUUUUUUGGCUGCUGCCACACUUGCCCCACCAUUCGCACAAAAUCUCACCAUGCCGACCCCGGCUACUAAUGGACAGCGCAAACGCCCAGUGGCUGCUGACUUUGAUGGACCUGCAACAUCCUCCAUGCCAUUCAAGCGACCGUUUGGUCACAGUCGUACUGAACAAAAAUCUUUCGUCAUUUGUGUCAGCGAAGACGAGGAUGAGUCUGAUGAAGAUGUGGAAAUGGAGUUGGAAUCCCAGGCUGAUGCUGAUUCACCUGUCCAGCCCAGUCGAAAGCUAUCUGAUCAAAGGGCAUUGCCUACAUCAUCUUCCUUUCUUCCACCGAAGCCGUUUACGCCUCCUCCCAUAUCGUCUGCGAGCACCCUGCCGGCAUUGCAAACUUCUAUCAAGCCACACCCUGAGGAUCUCCGACGGAAGGAAAGCGAGAUCGAGCAGUUAAAGAGAAAGAUCGCUGAAGCUGAGAUGAGAAAGGCAAAUAAGAGAAGUGGUAGCGGGGUUCAAACUCCUGUCAGAGCUGACACCAGCAUUACAACUAGCAGCAGCAACAUUGGUGUUGUGGCCAACAAAGCUGAUUCUUCAACCGAAAUACAGAAGGCAAUCGACAUUGCUAAGGAUAAGCUAAAUUCCAACCAACAACAGCUAGCUGCGGCUCAAGCUGCUGAGCUUCAGAAAGCUGCUGAAAUUCGGAAGGAAGAGGCUGAAACCAAACGACUGCGACGUGAAAGAAUCGCUAGCGCCAUUCCUCGUGUUGAUGCUGAGGCUUUACAAAAUCAAUCAAAACUUGAGGAACUUCGUGCCGAAACUGCCAGAAUCGAAGCUGCAAUGCAGAAAAACCUUCAAGACAAGCAAAAAUUGUUAGAGGAAAUGGAAAGAUUGGGCCAAGAAACCGAUCAACAAUUGCAGGAGCAAAAAGAAAAGUUGGACAGUCUCACUCGUGAAGAGACGAAAGACAAUACAUGUAAGUUCAUGAUCACGGAUGCCCCGUUAAUCAUAGUACCAACAGCUCACAUUCUCUUAGCUCAACCACGUCCAGUUUCUGCUCAGCCAGACCGUGAGCCUGAGCCGCAAAAUUCCACCGAGUCCGUAUCGAAGUCUGCAUCCGUUCCCAUGGAACUCGAUGAGCAAGUCGAUGACGCUCGCGACGCAGUGCAACAACAGUCUGAGCAACCGUAUAUUGCUGAUGUUGAUGCUGCUUCCCCUAUCCCUGUUAAUCCCAUUCAGAUUAAUAGCAACAGCGAUGCAACGCAAGAAAUCCCCGAAGGGCGUCCUUCCGAGGUCAAAGAAAAUUCUAAAACAAAUCAAGAUCUUGAGGCAGCACUUCAAGAAGCUGUGCGGGCGGACGCAGACUCUGCUAGUCCCUGUGAUAUCGAAAUGGAAGACGGCAAUGCUGAACCGGUACAAAUCGCCGAAGCCAUCGCCAAAGCUGGUGAACAGAAAGCAAGCUCCGAUUAUUCACCAGUUCUUGAGCGUUCCCAGCCACUUGUACCUUCACCAAUUCCCGAUACUCCUGAAGUAACAGGGCUCUCGGAGGUUGCUGACGUCGAAUCGGAUAACUAUGAGCCUCCGGAAGCCACGCCUCCUGUAGAUGAGACUUUGUCGAUUGAUUCCCCUCCGUUCAGCCCGGCCCCACCAGAUUCGGUCAUUGAUGAACCCGAAGAUAUCGAAUUUGAGGAGAUAUCGAACGGUAACCCGGACGAUGUUAAAGCUAUCUCUAACGGUGCAGAACAACUUCUACCAGUAAAAAACGGUAGCGUCCUUCAACUAACAAAAGAACCAGUUUCCAACGAGGCUAAGAGCUCAAGCUUCUUCUCGCCAUAUGAAAGUCCCCUGAAAUUAUUUCAUGCAUUUCGGUUUCAUGCGCAAUAUAAGCAACAAAUUCCAGGCGGGUUAAAGUCUAUGACUUAUACUAACAAAAUUGAUGCGAAGAAAGAAUUGUGUCGAUACGAAUUGAUGGGAGGAAUUUGCAAUGACAAUACUUGCGAAUUUCAGCAUUUUAGAGAAAUGGGACUGCCUGAUGACGCGGUUCUUACAGAAUUAGGCUCCCCAGACGAGUUUGAAGGAGAAUACCGAGAAAAGUUCAUUGAAGGUUUGAAAACAGUACUUUCGGGCCUGCGAGCAAGAAAAAUCAAGGAUUUUGAUGCCAUUGCCUCGGAGAUUAUUGCACAUCGUGCCAACUUCUUAGGCGAUUCGUCAAAGGUACUAAGCCUCGAAGGCACGACAAUCUAA